CUGCUACUUGUCAAAAAGACUACCAAUUUCCCUAUUUAUCUUUCUUGUUUGUUGUUUUCCACAAUUCAAUUUCAAAUUCAAUUUGAUUAUCUCACUUCAAUCUAAUAUUCAAAUGUCAUCCUCUGGAUAUAGAAAAGCUGCUUCUCGUUACUCUUCAUUCGAUUCCCAAACUUCACCAUCAUCUUCUGCUGAAUUCAAUCCAAACCCUAAAUCAUUCCUCCCCAAAAACAAUGCAAUUACCAAGCUUAAUUCCACCAAACCCGACCAUAAUUUCACUACUAUGGUCAAGAAAUUCAUGGAGAAGAGAACAGUUUCAAGCUCCAAAACCAAGAGCAAUGGCGAUCGCCCAUUACCGCUGAUUAUUCCAGCUGAUUUUAUAGCAGAGGAUUUGAAGAAAUCAGCUCGGAAAGGCUCAAACUUGAGCGCACUUCCUAAGAAAUUAUUUGGUAAAGGGUCGAAUUCGAGCGAUAAGAAGGUGAAAGCAUUGACGGAAGUGAAGACGAAUACCAGAACACUAGCAAUGGUGCUCAGGAGUGAGAGGGAGCUUCUCACCUUAAAUAAAGAUCAGGAAGCUCAGAUUUCUGACCUCAAAUCUUUGCUCCAAGAACGCAAUCUUGAAGUAGAGAAGUUGAAGAAUUUGUGCUUGAAACAAAGGGAAGAAAUAAAGGCGCUGAAAAGUGCCAUCUUGUUUCCUGAAGAAAUGAAUUCUCAACUUGAAGAGCUUUUAGAGAAACAAGGCUCUGAACUCAAGCAAGCUAAGCAAGUCAUUCCUACUCUUCAGAGGCAGAUUUCUUCCCUCACGGGUCAGUUACAAUGCCUUUCAGAAGACCUUGCAGAGGUGAAGGCAGUGAAGUAUACAAGCAAUUCAUGCGUUGAUGGUAAUUUUAGCUCACCAAGGACACCAAUAUAUGAUCAAGAAGAGGCUGCUAAUUCCCUGGAUUUCAGCGACGAUGAUCCAACAACUCCUGACAGUCCAGUUGACAUGCUGCUGAGGGAUGUAAACCCUUGCUUGACACCCUGCUAUUCGAAGAUGAAAUCAAAGGAGUUUGGGGUGAUAAGGUGUGAUUAUAUUGAAGAGGAGGCUUAUGAAGUAAAUCAGGAAGCUAAUAAACUGUCAAGAAGUUCUGAUCAUUAUAGAGGUUUGAGACCUGGAAACAACACAACUCGUGCAAAUUUUCGCAGGUCCGAUGAAAAUAGAUACAGAUACGGAAAGAGAAUGGACAAUCAAGCUAUCUGAAUCAUAUGUGUAACCUCCUAUCAAUUCUGUUUUUUUUUUUUUUUUUUUUUUUUUUUUUUUUUUUUUUUUUUUAAUAAUUAUUAUUUGCUGUUGAUCAGUUUUAAGUGUUGAAUAAUUUUGUCUGAAGUUGAGGGCUUGGACAACUAUCCUCUAUGUAAUUGUCUGAUUGUAGUCUAUUAUGCAUCUUCAAGAUAUUGGAGAGGACGGUAAGUACACUAGGAACCACCCAAAUUCCAGAUGCAAGAUGGUGUAACUGUCGCCUCAAGGCCUCCCAACAUUUAAAGAGACUAUAAGUUUACUGUUAAUAAAAA